AUGCAACCUGCACAUCAUCCAUACAACCACCGUAUUGUAACUAAUUCUAAUUUGAUUCGCCAAAAACCAACACAAGAUUCUCAACAACAUCCUGAUAUUUCCAUUGCUGCGACACGAUAUGCUCAAACUAGAUUUCCUUUUUCACCUUUCAUAAUUCGCUUCUCAACUGGAAAUUCGAAAUGGCCACCACAAAUUGGAUCUCAAUAUUUUACAUUUCUUUCACCACCUUCUAGUCCCCCUCAAUUAGCAUUGAUUAUAAAAAAUGUGGAUUUUCAUACUGACAUGAAUGAUUUCAUUGUGGAUUUAAAAGCAAAAUUUCCUGAAAUCAAAAAUGUUAUUAGAUUGAAAAACAAAUUCCAACAAGAUAUUAAAAUUGUUAAAAUUGAAUUAGUUUCAACAUUAACACGUGAUCAGAUUUUAGCAAUGGGCAAAAUUAAUAUUAACUUUAGAUCCUAUGAUGUAGAAGAAUACAUUUCUCCUGCUAGAGUUCUCAUCUGUAGCAAGUGUUGUGGUAUUGGUCACUUUACGCGCCAAUGUACCCAACACAUUGAAACAUGUAAAACCUGUGGACAAUCUUUCCCGGAUUUAAAACAACAUCUAUGCUCUAAUCAACCCGUUUGCAUUCACUGCGGGGGUGAGCAUCGUUCUAAUGUAGCUAGCUGUCCAGUAGUGAAACAGUUUCGUGCUGCAUUAACUAAAAAACUACUCACCACAAAUUAUAAUGCAACAUCAACAUUAACAUAUAAUUGUUUUAAAUACGAUCCAGUUCAUUUUUCUCAAUUAAACCCUUCGCAAAAUUUAUCAAUUAUUGGCUCAAACCAAAAAAUUCUAUCGAAACUUGAGGAGCUUGUCAAAAACAUGGAAAAAGCGAACGCUAAUAUUUCUAAAUUAACGUUAUGUAAUGAUGAAUUUGAGAAAUUUAUCAAUGAAAAAAUUGAAAGUGAUAAAAUUAUUCAACAGGAUAUUAAUGUAUUAAAAAAUAAUGAUAAAACGUUAGAAGCUAAUCAAGUUCAACAUGAAUUAAAAUUAAAGACACGAAAAUAUUUUAGUUAA